AGUUUUAGAAUGAGGACCUAGCCGGGGUUACUCUUAGCCGCCCCUCCCUCAGAGACGUCACACUCAGAGAGAGUAUAAAGGUUGGAGGGAGCGCGCUGGUCUGGUCGGUGCAUUGAGUCGAAGGCUUGGGUCUGUUUGCUGUAUUGACCCCUCAUCCGAGCUUCUGGCAAUGGAGGGACUGAGCCGUUGUUUUGCACGGUGCGUGAUGCCCUAAGGGGAAUGAAGACACUUCGUUUUGCUGAAGGCGCGACAUUAUUCGGGGCCAUGGCACGGAUCCGCACCCUUCAAAAGGCGCACUUUGCACAGAUGCCAUAGCGCUCGAGAUCAUGGGACUUCUCCAGGAACCCAAGUCACUCACGUGAAUGAAAAGAGGAAAGGGAUUUCUGUUCCGCGCGGUAGUUUCCUUCUUUUACCUGGGCGGCUGCGAGCAGAGCGAGUGUGAACUAUGAAUCUGGGCAAAGCGCUCCUGUUGCUCCUGCUCUCCAGUUGCGUGACAAUGGUGCUGUCGCUCUCCACCUGCACCACCGUGGACAUUGACCACAUCAAGAAGAAGAGAGUGGAAGCGGUACGGGGACAAAUCCUCAGUAAACUGCGACUGACCAGCCCGCCCCAGACGACGGGUCCGAGCCAGGUACCGUUCCAGGUGCUGGCCCUGUAUAACAGCACCAAGGAGCUGAUCGAGGAGCUGGGAAGAGACCGACAGCAGAGCUGUGGACAGGAUAACACGGAGACAGAGUACUACGCCAAAGAGAUUUACAAGUUCAACAUGAUCACUGGGUCGCCUGAAAACAAUGACCUCCCCUACUGCCCGAAGGGAAUCACUUCCAAGGUGUUCCGCUUCAACGUCUCCACCAUGGAGAAAAACUCCACCAACUUGUUCCGGGCCGAAUUUCGAGCGCUGCGGAUCCCUAACGCGGGCGCCAAGAAAAACGAGCAGCGGAUCGAACUCUACCAGAUCCUCCAGAAAGACGACCCCAAAGCCAAACAGCGGUACAUCGGGGGCAAGAACGUGCUGACCAAGGGGAUGGCCGAGUGGGUCUCUUUCGACGUCACGGAGACAGUGAGGGAGUGGCUCAUGUACAGACAGACCAAUCUUGGCCUGGAGAUCAGCGUGCACUGUCCCUGCCACACUUUCAAGCCAAACGGGGAUAUUAUUGAGAAUGCCAACGAGGUGCUGGAGGUCAAAUUCAAAGGUACGGAGCCAGACUUUGACGACCUGAGCCGUGGCAAAAAACAAAGGGAGCAGCUGUACCCCCAUCUCAUCCUCAUGAUGCUGCCCCCCCACAGGCUGGAUGCGCACUCCUCAUCCCGAAGGCGCAAGAGGGCACUCGACACCAAUUACUGCUUCAACAAUUACGAGGAGAACUGCUGUGUGCGACCGCUUUAUAUUAAUUUCCGCCAGGACUUGGGCUGGAGAUGGAUCCAUCAGCCUGAGGGCUACUACGCCAAUUUCUGCUCUGGUCCUUGCCCUUACCUACGCAGCGCUGACACCACACACAGCACGCUGCUGAGCCUCUACAACACCUUGAAUCCGGAGGCGUCCGCCUCACCGUGCUGCGUGCCCCAGGACCUGGAGCCCCUCACCAUCCUCUACUACGUGGGCCGCUCGCCUAAAGUGGAGCAGCUGUCCAACAUGGUGGUCAAGUCCUGCAAAUGCAGCUAAGAGGCUUCGGGGACCCGAGACAAACCUUCCUGCACUACACGGGAGCGCUCUCGUGGUUUUGGGCCGCCCCUGUACUCGAGUCUCCUUCUAGCUCCGUCUCACAGUUGAAAGAUAUCCGGUCCGGUUUCACUGAUGCUCUCAAACCCAACGGACCUCUCCGUGAUCUUUCUUUAGUUUUACUUCAUAUUCCAGCAUUUUUGAACAGCUCGUACCUCGGUGUAUUCUCAUCCUGUUUUUAUCUAAAGCGGAAAGGAACAAAAAUCGUCUUGGAAUGACCACUGCAUUCUUAAGGACAAGCGAGGGUGGAAAAAGAGACUGAACUCAGCAUGACAGGACACACAGGACACGUUCGAAUGUCCGAGCUGGAAAGUGAUGCUGUGCUACACUGUGUAUUUAGGAUUAAAUGCCUUUAAAUUAAAAAAUGAUUUUAGGGGGAAAAAAUGUUCAAAAUGCUGGAAAACAACCUAGUGGAAGUUAUAUUUCAACGGUCGUGUUAAUACCUCUACAUUGCAACAGGAUGGAGAUUCCGGGUAUGACAUAUUUCAGAUGAAACUGAAGCUUUACUGUUGUACGAGAGCCGGGGACGGACGUUGGGGAACGCUUCCUUGAUGGACUACGGAGACGUGAAUGACCAAUUCAGUCAUUUUUUUGUGUUGAGAUGCACUCCUGCUUCCGUGUCAUUGUCCGCGUCGCUGAGGUCUGCGCGGUUGCUGACCCUAGCUUGCGUUGUUCUGUUCUUCUUUAGACCAGUGUUUUUCAACCUUUUUGGAACCACGGCACACUUGUUUCAUUAAAAAAAAAAAAAAAAAGCCCGAGGCACGCCACCAUCAUAAAAUGUCCAAUGGAAUGUCUGUAAACUUAAUUGAUAUAGUCAUGCAUUGAAUAGGUAUCAAACACAAAAAACCCCCACACAUUUUGUUAUCAGUUUCAGUCCUUUACAGUCUAGACUAAAUCCCCAAUGAAAGAAAGCUUUUGCUUAUUGCGUCACACUUGAGAUUCUGCGUGAGGAAAUGGUCUUUGCUUCUUUUUGACCGCCAUUCAAUAAAAUUUUGUCCAGUCCUGAGUUAGCAACUUUGUUUUAAAAACCUUUACCAUCACCACCGCCACCGUUGUAGUUUCGCUAGCGCUAGCCCCAGUACCACUCUUUACCUCUUCCGCAUCGCUAGACAAAGUAAUGAGCCACCUACUCAUAUGGAAGACUAUAGCAUGAUUAGCGACCAUCGGGCAGCACGGAUAUCGGAUUUUGCGGAUUCAGUUUCCAAAAACAUUUUCACAUCAAUUGGGUGAAAGUGGACAGUGGUUGAAAAACACUGCUUUAGACCACACACACUUGUCAAGAUCAUCAACAGUGCCCCUGCUGGUUGCAACUAUGUAGUGCAAUUAGUAUGUUUACAUGGCAAAAAAAAAAAUGUCUUCAGCCUGAUCAGCAUUUGGAUUAAAAUGAUGAUCGGGUGCACUGCGUUCAUGGGCACUUAAAAAUAAGGAGUCUUGCGUGUUCAUGCAUUAGAAUGUCACCGGGAACAAAUUAUUUUUGACGUACACAGACUGAUGCUGCGUUCAUGUGGUGUCGUAAUUACAGCAAAAAGCUAUGUUUGUAAAGAAGAUUUGCACUUUUUUUUUUUUUUUUUAACGCCAGCAUAAUAACAGUGUACACGUUUGGAAAAAUAUUUCUUUUGAACCAAGUGUUCGCUAAAAACAAACUACAUUAGUUUUCCGAGACACGUUUGAAAAAGUUGUUCAUUGAAAAUAAUAUUUUCAUUAUCGUCUUUGUUGACGAAAACAAAACAGUUUAUAAUUAUUAUUAUGCGCCUACCCACCCAGUCUUCCGCUCGCUCCGCUUCUACGACCUUCCGGGAAUAAAAAAAAAAAGCCAUAUACUGAUGUCACAGAUAAGGACGGUUUGUUCCAAAUUUUGAAAUGUUUUCAUGUGGGCAAAGUGGAUUGUCAAUCAGCCUAAACCGUUCGGACGAGAAUCUUAAUCGGAAUGGGUUAGAAUAUUCCGAACGAGGUGUGUACAUGAAGCAUUUUUAUUCCGACCAGGCUUUUAAAAUCGAGUCCAUGUAAACAUACUUAUUGACAGCAAGCGAUUACGGACAGUUGAUAAUUAUGCAAAUCCUAAAAGAGAAAUUUCCCUCAUGCCAGACUGUAAAUGAUGUUCUUACUUUUGGAAACACAUUUUUCUUUCAUUAAAAUAAGAGUUGGGUUGUGCUGUUUAGUAGUAUCGGGAAUGUUUUUAUUGAUGAAUCAUUUUAGAGCAAUGUAAAGGGUUUGGGAAUUGGUUCGACCAUAACAACGAGAUGAUGAAAUUCAACUUUAUUGACGAUAUUUCAGUGUCUCAAUUCGCUAUUAACAGCAUCAAAAACCCUAAAAAAAUAAAUAUAUAACAGCUCACAAAUCCAUGCAUGAGUGUUGUAAACAGAUUGUCUGAACUACACUUAAUUACGGCAGUAGAACAUACAUUGAAUUUGGAUUCUUGUAAUAGAGCAUGCUGCUGGCAUUAAAAAACAACAACGUGACAUUUAACGUGACAACCGCGCACUGAAAAGCCGAAAUCGUAUACCAAGAUCUGUGCAAACUAAAUACAGUAACGUAUGAGAAUGACGUGCAUCAAAUUCAAGUACUUCAUUACAAGUCAACACAAACAUACAAUACGCUUACUACAGUGGUAUGAAAAAGUAUCUGAACCUUUUGGAAUUUCUCACAUUUCUGCAUAACAUCACCAUCAAAUGUGAUUUGAUCUUUGUCAAAAUCACACAGAUGAAAAUAUAGUGUCUGCUUGAACUAAAACCACCCAGGAAUUAAUAGGUUUUCAUAUUUUAAUGAGGCUAGCGUGCAAACAAUGUCAAAAGGGGGAAAAUAAGUAAGUAAACCCUCUUCCUAAGGAGACUUAAAGAGCAACCGAAACCAAUUUUUACCAAACAUUGUAAGUCAGGUGUGUGCCCCAUCACUGAUGAGUGGUUUAAAGCUGCCCUGCCCACUACAAAAAACACACCUGGUAAGAAAUGUCUAGAUGAGAAGCAUUGUCUGAUGUGCAUCAUGGCUUGGCCAAAAGAGCUGUGAAAACUGGGAUAAGAUACAAAACCAUCUCUAAAAGUAUGUAUGUUCGUCAA